UUUGUCUUAAAAGAAUUUGCAACAAAGGAAUAGAAAAUGUAGGGAAGUUCCUUCGUUGUACAUGUCAUUCCCUCGACCAAUCUCUCCUCCUUGCUUCUGGGAACAUUUAAUAGCCUUCUUCCAUGUCAUCGCUCAAGUGGCAUGUCUUAACUUCGAUUACCAACAAUUUGAUCGAACUGAUAAAACCUUUCAGAUAAGCGAAAAAACUUCUAUUAUAUUCGGGGACGCCGUCCAAGUUACGUUGGACAACAGCCGCGGAUCUGUGAUGACAAAUUUACCCGAACGAGCUUGGCACGUACAGCCGUUUAAGCGUUGGAGAAAAGGCAGAGGCAGAGACAAGAUCAUUGCUUCUUUUAAUUCAACCUUUGUGAUUAUUAUUUCACCAGCUCAGAAUACGACUCCAGUUGGCGAGGGCUUGGCCUUUAUAUUGACAGCAAAUUCCACCGUGCCAGAAAAGAGUGAUGGGAAGUGGCUGGGGAUUGUAAAUGAGAAAUCAAACGGAUCGUCCAAAAUAGUAGCUAUAGAAUUUGACACGGUGAAGAGCUAUCCGGAGAACCUUGAUGAUAACCAUAUUGGAUUGGAUUUAGGAAGCAUAUACUCCACUGAACAGGACGUCCGGCUGAACGAACUCCGAAAAGCAACCGGAAACUUUAACCCCAAGAACAAGCUCGGAAAAGGGGGAUUCGGGACGGUCUACAAGGGCAUCUGGAGAAACAAGGAAACAGCUGUUAAAAGGGUCUCCAAAAAGUCGGGGAAGCGAGAAUUUGUAGCAGAAGUCACAACAAUCGGCAACCUGAAUCACAAAAAUCUGCCGGAAGGAGUUGACACUCUAUACUGGGAAACAAGGCUUAGCAUAACAAAUGGCGUAGCUCAGGCACUAGAGUAUCUCCACUACGGUUCUCAGAAAAGGGUGCUUAACCGGGCCAUAAAAUCGAGCAAUAUAACGUUGGAUUCAGAAUUCAAUGCCAAGUUAGGUGAUUUUGGAUUGGCCAGAACAAUUCAAGGUAAGGGAAAAACCCACCAUUCCACCCUAGAGAUUGCUGGAACCCUUGGCUACAUGGCGCCAGAGACUUUCUUGAUCAGCAAGGCAACUGUAGAAACAGAUAUUUAUUCCUUUGGUGUUCUCCUACUGGAAGUUGUCUGUGGGAGAAAACCAGGAAAACAAAAUGAAGAGGACACUUACAAUAGCAGCAUUCUAAAUUGGAUAUGGGAUCUUCACAAGAAGGGAAGGAUAGUUGAGGUCGCAGAUCCCAGAAUGGAAGGGAAGUUUGAGAAGGAAGAAAUGGAGUGUGUGCUGAUUCUGGGGUUGGCCCGUUGCCACCCAAACCCGAAUUACAGGCCCUCCAUGAACAUUGUUCUGCAGGUUAUAACAGGGGAGGUAGAGCCUCCUCAGGUGCCCCUUGAGAGGCCCUCGUUUGUUUGGCCAGUAAUGCCUCCUUCCUUCAGUAAGUUGGAGAACUCCACGACGGAGAGUCUGCUUGCACCAUUUUCAGAGGUUACAGGGAGAUAGAAUGAGCAUCCGAAGGAUGUGUAUAUACCAAUAAGGUAGAACAGAAAGCCUUGUAGCCCUAUUUAUAGCAUACUGGCUGGUGUUAUAGCAUUUCUAUUGUGUUAAUUUAGAUAUAAGUUUUGCCACCUUUGUUUGAAAUAAUAUCAAUUUCUAAAU